CACAAGAAGGACCUGAAAUCUAAGAGGUCUUCUUCUCUGGAUCCUGCUUCCAUUAACACCAUGGAGCAGUAAACCUACAGCCAAGGAAUGGAGCUGGCUGUGAAAACCGCAUGAAGUCCAUGUUCUAGACACUGCAAAAUAAAUUGCGGUAUUUGUGGACCAUGGCUACAGACCCACUCUCAGAACUUCAGGAUGACCUGAACCUGGAUGAUACCAACCAGUCCCUUAGCCAGCUCAAACUGGCCUCCAUAGACUAUAAGAACUGGCCAACAGAUGAAGUCCCUGCUUUUCCCAAACCAGAUGACUCCAAAGGCUCCCCUGAGCCUGUCACUCACCUGCAGUGGGAUGAUCCCUACUAUGAUAUCGCCAGGCACCACAUUGUGGAGGUAGCAGACCAGGGUGCACUUGAUGGGGCCCAACCAGGUGAUGACAAAUAUGGAAGAAAAGUCAUUUUGUUCAGUGCCUGCCGGAUGCCCCCAAGUCAUCAACUAGAUCAUGUGAAACUGCUGGGGUACCUGAAAUUCACUCUGGACCAGUAUGUGGAGAGUGAUUACACUCUGGUGUACCUGCACCAUGGCCUGACCAGUGAGAACAAGCCAUCCCUGAGCUGGUUGCGGGAUGCCUACAGGGAAUUUGAUCGCAAGUACAAGAAGAACAUCAAAGCCUUGUAUAUUGUGCACCCAACCAUGUUCAUCAAGACCCUGCUGAUACUCUUCAAGCCUCUGAUCAGCUUUAAAUUUGGACGUAAGAUUUUUUAUGUGAAUUACCUUAGUGAGCUGGAGGAGUAUGUGAAGCUGGAACAGCUGGGGAUCCCAAGCCAAGUGCUGAAGUAUGAUGAAUACCUGAGAUCCUUGCAGAAACCUUUGCAAGUGCCCCAGAAGCCAACACCCCCACGCCCACCGCUGCCAAACCAGCAGUUUGGAGUCUCCCUACAGCAUCUGAGGGAGAAGAGCCCUGAUCAGUCUCCUGUUCCUCUGGUGGUCAGAGACACCAUUGCUCACUUGCAGGAGCAUGCUCUUAAUACAGAGGGGAUUUUCCGGAGAUCAGCAAAUACACAGGUUGUCAGAGAGGUCCAGCAAAAAUACAAUAUGGGUGUGCCUGUAGAUUUCCAGGAGUACGAAGAUGUCCACCUCCCUGCUGUGAUUCUCAAGACCUUCUUGAGGGAGCUACCUGAGCCCCUCCUCACUUUUGGCCUCUACAGCCAUGUUGUCAGCUUCCAGAGUGUGGAGGAGGUGAAACGUGUGGAUGUUGUUCGCAAAACACUUCAGGAUUUGCCAGAAGAAAACUACCAAGUGCUCCGUUUACUGACAGCCUUUCUGGUGCAGGUCUCUGCUCACAGUGACAGAAACAAGAUGACAAACACCAACCUGGCAGUUGUGUUUGGCCCAAAUCUGCUCUGGGCCAAAGAUGUGGCCAUUACUCUGAAAGCCAUCAAUCCCAUCAAUACCUUUACCAAAUUCCUGUUGGACCACCAGAAGGAGCUGUUUGAGGCUGCAGAGGCCUGAAUCCAGGCCAGCCCACACCUGCACACUGUGCCCACCUUCCCCCUUCUUUGUCUUGGAGCUGUGACCAAGCCGUCUCCAGUACAAAGGGACCAUUGAUCUGGGUGAUGAGCAGAGUGAGGGCUGUGGAGAUGAUGGUGAAAGUGUGCCAGUAAGUGAGCAGGAGACCUGCAGCUCUGGAUGGUCAGGGGAGCUGGUCUCCCAGCUGAUGAGACUGGAGUCCUAACCUACCAGUGCAGCUCUUCCGGGGCUCCUCACCAGUCUUCUGCCCUAUCAGAUGACCUGCCUUCCUUUCCUUCUUCCCUUAUGUGCAGUUUUGCUGCCCUCCUGGUUCCUUCCUCAGCACAGAUCUUUUUGUUCAAGCUCCCAGUAGUCUCAGCUCACCCCUCCUUGCCUCAGCUGGGCUGUCUGGGUUAGGGCAGGUUUGCUGGGUUUUGUGAUGGAGACAUUCUUACUGUGAGUGCCAUUUCUCAGUGCUGAACAUGCAUCCUGCCUUUCCCCAGGGGCAGCUAAAGCAGGGAAGGGAGCAGCAGCCCUUGUGUUUCAGGUAGCAGCGUGCCCUGCACUUGCAAACACCACUCUAGACCCCCUGCUUUUAGCAGGAGGGUGAAGAACAGGCUCACAGGAAUGGGCUGUGUUUACCUGUCAGACUCCAAAACAUUGAAGGUGAGUUUAGCCCAGCCCCUCUGGGGUCACCCACUCCAGGUAUUAUUCAGUGUUUGCUGGACUGUAGUGGGUGACUUGUCUCCUGUAGUUAUGCAGCUCAGGUGUGUUUGUCUCUCCAGCAGCACUUCCAGCCUGGCUGGGGAGGUUCAUGCCAGGCCUGUCUGUGCAUGUGGGCCAGCUGUGACCCUUUGACAGCUGGUGAGUCUGAAUGGCAGGAGCAAGUGCCCUGGUGGCACUGAGCUGCUGAACACCAUGAGGAUUACCAUCUGUCCUGGCAGCAGCACAAGGCCUCCUCUUCAGGCAUAUGUAUCUGUGCUGACUGGCACAGACCACCUUGACUAGUUAGUUGUCUUUUUGAGCACAACUUUCCCCAGCACAGUGUAACAGAGAGCAUGGCCUUGAGGGAAGGUGUCUGGGGGCUGGGGCUAACCCUCACCAUGGAGUGCACCAGGCCUGGAUUACAAAUUUCUGCCCAGGUCCUGAGCACUUGUGCCAGAGCUGUGAGGGAGCAGCUGUUUCAUGCCAAGGGCCUUUGCUGUAUUUCCUCCUGGGUUCAUGCCUUCCACCUUGCCAUCUGACCAGAUGCAUCCUGUAUGUCCUGGGCACAGCUGGAGAGGUCAUGUUCUCUGCAAGGCAGGCUCAGAGUGUGGUGGUCCUGGCACCUCCCUGGAACAGCUGCGAUACUGUUACAGCUUUGGGUUGCCUCAUUCCCAUUAUCUGACCUAAAAGAGCCUUCUCCUCAGCCUGGGCCUGUCAGGGUUUUAGGAGGGAGCUUCUAGCCUUACUUCAGGUGUGAUUUAUCUUUGUAUCUUGUGCCCUGUGUGCCUAGGCCAGACCUCCCUGCUGCAUCUGGCUUCGGGGACAAAUCUUUUUUGGACCAAGCAGACCUGGUUUUUUUAAAUCUAAAUGCUAAAUAGAAUUUGUUUUUUCAUAGUAUUUUAGCCUGCCUUUAAACACUGACCAAAGGUAGAUGCCCCUGGUAUAAUCAAAGUAAGUGGCAUCUCCUGCAGGAAUUAAGGAGAUUGUUCUUUUUGCUAAACCCAGGAAUGAUGAUGGGUGCAAAUGUAGGCAGCUCUGCAAGGCAGCACAGGUCCAGCCAGCUGGCUUGGAGGAGGCACACCAACACGUGGGUGGGAGCAGUGAACAAGAAAGUGAACGAACAUUACUAAGACUGGAGCAAAACAUGUUCUAAGAUAGGACUGGAUCUGAUCUUUUCUGCAUACUGGGAGGCUUUGCCCUAUGGAGGCUACCAGGCUGCUGACUUCGAGUGUCCCUCUUCCAUGAGUAGGAUCCUUGCCUGUAUAUGCACUGUUGCAUCCUGGGCAAUUCACAGCAGUAACUUAAGUAAAUGUUUUGGAGGGAGAGAUAGUCUGCUCCUAAUUCAUCUGUGAUCUCUUCUAGAGUGAGUUAGCAGGGCUGAUGUGCUGUAAAGGGGUAACCCAGGGUGGACUAGUGUGGAGAGAGGUGUAUUUGCCUCAGUGCUAAAGGCGCAAGGCUGUGGAGGUUGAGGAAGCCCAGUGCAGCCGCUCUUUUCAUGCAGGUGUCCUGCUCUGUGGAGGCUUUGGUAGGGGGAGAAGGAGACUUGGUGCUCUGAUUGUAUCUGCACUGACUUCACCUUCAUCUCCCUAGAAGAAAGGCAAGCCCAGCUGACUUAUGGGACAAAUGCCCAAGCUCAGCAACCUGGAAUCCAAGUGCCUGAAUGUAUGAGGCCUGGCCCUAUGCACUCUCUGGGGAAAGUGGAAUGUUCUGGGCUUGCAAAACAGCAAGGACUGUUCCCUGCCCAGUAGCCAGAGGAGCAGUGCUGGAGUAGCUCCUGUCCAUGGUGAAAGUGGGGAAUACUGCAAGUGUCUGAGUUCUAGCUGGAGUUUGGUGGUUUAUGUUAGGGUUUCUUUUUUUUUCUUUUUUUUUUUUUUUUUAGUGAAUUCUUGAGAUGACAUUUCCUUUUUUAGCAGAAGAGAGGCUGGUUCACCCCCUGCAGGCAGGGAUAAAAGCCUUCUCCAGUUCAGUGCCUGCAGGGAGCAGAUUCAGAGAGUGUUCAGGGAACUACUACUGCUCAUGGUGGUAAAGUGCUUGCAAAUCCUGGAAGGGACCCACUGUAACUAUCCCCUUUCCUCUGCUGCUCCUUGUGCUGAAGCUGCUGAGUGCCCUGGAUCAGGCACAGUAACCAGGGUUGCUUUUGCAGUCUGUUCUCCUGAAUGCCUUGUAUUGCAAUAUUCCUCUUGUGAUCUGAGCAAGGAACUGGCCCAGGCCUGCCUGCAGGCUGUGUCAGGUGAGUGGUCACCAGAGCCUGCACCUGCCUAGGCCAGAGGGUUAAAUUCCCUCCUCACAUGGGCAGAGUGCUGGCUAGGCUGGAUUUCUCUGCCUUGUAUAGGUCGGGGUUGGUAUACAAUUAAGGCACUGGUAUGUUGGUUUUCUCCUUCCUAUAGAGCUGCCCAAGGGUCUCUUCCCUGGCUUACCUUUCAGAUUAGCUAUUAGCCAUUUCUUCCUGUGGGGGUACUUGUUCUGCAUCAGCCUCCUGCUUUUAGCACCUAGAACAUUCCUGUCUGCUAAGCCUCCUGCUGUCUUAAUGACCUCUGGUCACUCCAUGGCCCAAGCUGUGAACUGACCACCAGAGCUUUUGGGUGGUGCAGGGGGUCUGGGGCCAUCCAGAUGCCUUGUGUGCUAACUUGAGAGAGCUGAGGGCCUGUUUGGUCCAAGUUUCCUUUUUUAUGCACAGGGCUCCUGUGCAAAAAUUUUGGCUUUGCUUUUGUUGCUGGCGUUCUCUGCCUUCUUUUGUUGAUGUUCAUCAGGUGCAGGCCUUGGUUUUCACAGUUCACACUGUUUAUUUUAAUCUGCACCGAUCUUGUAUUUCACAGUUUGCACUUUUUGUAUUUCAAUAAAAAUCAAAAUGUAAUCUCAGAUCCAGAUAUGUCUGUCAAGUGGCAGCAGCAGUGGCACAUCUACAAGAAACAAAUAAGGCUGUCUAUGCUGCCAGCCACAACCGUGCUGCAAGGGAGGAAAUAAAGUAUGAAAUGCCUCCUAUGUGAGUAACUCUGAAG